AUUCACUGUUUUGUGUAAGAAAUCGUCACAAAAGUAUAUGAGAAAGGGUGAGAGUUGUGAAAAUAAAUCGGUAUACAAGAGAGACGAGGAUGGUAUGUCGUUUGAUUUGAUUUUGAUGUUUGGUAAAAGAAUUGGAAGUGCUGAGAUUCCUAUUAAAAUCUGCCUAACAAAUGUCCUUGGGGUGUCUGAUCAAUUCAGACUAACUCCAGUACGUGUUUUUUGUGAAAUGAUUCUCAACAAAGGUGAUGAAGUCUGAAAGUGACAAGGAGGAUCGCCAGCAGUCCGAAGGUGCAAAACUUGAAGUCGAAAGUAGGUGAAAUAGAACGAUGUCGCAAGCAGACUGAUGAGUCUGAGAGUUGAAUGUUGUCUCAAGUCUAAGAGCCAGUGGCCGAGUGUAGACGUUGAAGCAAUCGAAUGUCCUGGCAAAGAGUCGGAUUGGAAGCGGUUGAGAUCAAGGAAACAAGAUAGGAGUGAAUCAAAAGACCAGGUCUUAAGAAGGAUGAUCGAUGUGGAGUUGAAGAUGAUAAUCCUGCAGUGAGAAAUGGAACUGCGGGUCAAUGACUAGUUGGUAGGAAGAGUGAUGAAGGUGAUAUAGCUGAUUUGCUGUUUAAAUAAUUUAUAGCUUGAUCCAAGAUGAUAAGGUCGAUAGGCUCAGGAUGAAAGUAAAUCAGAAAGUAUUAUUUCAUUAUUCAGGAAGAGGAGAAAGAGUGAAGUAGAGCUUGAUGUGAUGAGAUGGUUUAGCUGAGUAACAUAACUUGUAUUGUUGACUUUGACCAGGCACAAAAGGAUAUCAACGAUCAAAACAUCGAAAGUAGAAUUCAUUCAUCUUUAUUCAAGGGACCAAGGCAGUUCAAGUUGUGUUGAAACUAAAGGCGAUUUCAGACUAAAGAAUCGACCGAAGUAAUGAGUUCUAGUCUAAACUAAACAAUUGAUGGUGAUGAUAAGAUCACAUCACCAGCUUUCCUCGAUGUUUCCUCCUCCCGAGCUU